CGCGGCAAGGCCUCUCGAGCACUUGAAGACUGAUCUCCUGUGAGAGCGUGUCCGUUCAAGUCGUUGUUGUACCAUCCAGACCCCCGAAGGGCCCUGAGCUACCGGACCAACGGACGAUGGGAUCUAAGAUGAGCGUCGAGUCCGCUGUCGACGCUGUAGUCCGAAUCAUAUCGAUUCUCAUUGGCAUACUCCUCCUAUUACUCUUGCCUGUCUAUCUCCUACCGACCUCCUUCUCGGGUAUCCCUCUCGAGCAAUGUCCUCGUCCGCCGAGUCUCUCGGUCAUCGUAGCCACCUCGGUUCUGAUGGCACACAAUGCAGGUGUAUCUCUCAUGGGAUCUGCCCAAUUUACGUCUGGAUCCCUUUUCUGCGGCAUUGACACUGUCCUGUGAGCCACCGAUUGGGCUGUCCAUGCUCAAAUUAUAGGCACAGCUUGUUGUUCACUGUAGUCACAGCCCAUCUGCCUGCGAUUGCUGCGGUGAGUGUCGGU